AUGACAUCACAAAACGUGGUAAAAGCUCCAUCAGGAGUCAGGACCGACACGGGAAUUACAAAAUUACCCCUAGUCGUUAUGAACUUGACUUUUUGUAGCAGUCUAAUCAUUAGGGAGGAAACUUCCCGGCCACCUCUGCGCAACCGCCCUUCUUUAAAAAUUUCUCCAGUUUAUUCAAAUCCGUGUUUUAACCGGUGAACAAUCAAGAAUCCCCCCCUCCCUACACGCAUUCAUAUAUAUCACUAUAUAUAACCUUAACAUCUUUGUAGGAAUUUUCAUCAAGAGUCCAUUUCAAAUCUUCCAAAUCUAAUUUCAAUUUCCGUUGACAAAAAAAAAACAUUCAACUUCCGAAAUGACUCUUGCAAACAUCAAGAAAUCUCCCUUGGCUAGACUACGCAGGAAGUUAUCCUCAAGAAAAUCAGAAUCGUCCGUGGACGAAGAGGAAGCGAGAAGCAGCACCAGCAGCAACAGAAGCAGCUCGUUAAAUGUGGACGAGCUAAGAACCGUGUUUGACUACAUAGACGCAAACUCGGACGGGAAAAUCUCCGGGACCGAGCUGCAGAGCUGCGUCAGCCUCUUGGGCGGCGCGUUGUCUUCGAGCGAGGCGGAGGAGGUCGUGAAGAUUUCAGACGUCGACGGCGACGGGCUUAUGGAUUUCGAGGAGUUUUUGAAGCUGAUGGAAGGAGAAGACGGUAGUGAUGAGGAGAGGAGGAAGGAGCUGAAAGAGGCUUUCCGGAUGUACGUGACGGAGGGUGAAGAGUUUAUUACGGCGGCAAGUUUACGGAGGACACUGAGUCGACUCGGGGAGUCGUGUACGGUUGAUGCAUGUAAGUUGAUGAUCCGUGGGUUUGAUCAGAACGGUGAUGGAGUUCUCAGCUUCGACGAGUUUCUUCUGAUGAUGCGAUGAGAUUCAUGUAUCUCUAUUUUACUAAUUCAUUUAUUCAAAUUAUAUUAUUCUUUUGUAUCGCGCAGGGCCAUGCGGGGAAUAGUAGGGUGUAUAUAUAAUUUUUGUUAUUAUUUUGCUGUCACCAGACCUUUCCCGCAUUGCUCUGCACCAGUCUUCAUUCAAAUACUCAUUUGAUCCAUAUGUCAUUUUUCAUACUUCUUAAUAAAACCUAUUUUGUAAUA